AUGUCAGGUCCUACCCGAAAGAAUAUGGAUCGGAUCAAAGGUCCAUGGAGUCCAGAGGAAGACGAUCUAUUGCAGAGGCUGGUGCAGAAGCACGGUCCAAGAAACUGGUCUUUGAUCAGCAAAUCAAUCCCUGGACGCUCCGGCAAAUCUUGCCGUCUCCGGUGGUGCAACCAGCUAUCUCCGGAGGUGGAGCACCGUGCUUUUUCGCCUGAAGAAGACGAGACGAUUAUUCGAGCGCACGCUCGGUUCGGUAACAAGUGGGCUACGAUCUCUCGCCUGCUCAAUGGACGAACCGACAACGCAAUCAAGAACCAUUGGAACUCGACGCUCAAGCGAAAAUGCAGCGCCGUUACAUCUGAUGGGCAAAGCUGCGACUUCGGUGGAAACGGAGGGUAUGAUGGUAAUUUAGGAGAAGAGCAACCGUUGAAGCGUACGGCGAGUGGUGGUGGUGUGUCUACUGGGUUGUAUAUGAGUCCCGGAAGUCCUUCGGGAUCUGACGUCAGCGAGCAAUCUAGUGGUGGCCAACACUUGUUUAAACCGACGGCUAGAUCUGCUGCUGCGACGGAGGUGACGGCGUCAUCGUCCGGUGGAGAUCCGCCGACUUAUCUAAGCCUGUCUCUCCCAUGGAAUAACCGUUGCGAGACGGAGACGGUUAGAGUCAACGAGUCAACUCAGUUGAACGAGAAUACGGUUACCGACGGAGGUUACACGGCGGAGCUAUUCCCGGUUAGAAAGGAAGAGGAAGAAGAAGAGAGAGGGAUAUCGGGAUUUGGUGGGGAGUUCAUGACGGUGGUGCAGGAGAUGAUUAGGACGGAGGUGAGGAGUUACAUGGCGGAUUUACAGCGAGGGAACGUCGGUGGUGGUUCCGGCGGAGGAGGAAAUGGUGGCGGUUCGUGUAUGCCGCAAAGUGUAAACAGCCGUCGUGUCGGGUUUAGAGAGUUUAUAGUGAACCAAAUCGGUAUUGGGAAGAUUGAGUAG